UUUCACGUUCUCCCGAUCUCACAAGCCUGUGGGUCGCUCGGAACUGAAAUUCUUAUUAUCCAGAAUGGAGAAUCGCCCCAGAAUCGGAUUCUUCUCCAAGCAAUCGGAGCUGAUGAAAAUGCUGCCCGAGAUUCCCAAGCUGCGCAACAUCUUCGAUCUGUUCGUGGUCGAUGAAUGUGACCAGGUGGCUGGCGGAGCAGAUCUGGCGGCCCACACAUGCUUGGAUCUUGGCGUCGGCAUACGGAUGACGGAUGUGGCGGACUGCCUGCGCACCAUGGGCCUGAAUCCCAGUGACGACGUGCUGCAGCAGCGACUGGAUGAGCAUGUGCGUCGGCGCGAGGCGAUAGGGAUGGGGAUGAAGAAGAUCGCACAGAGCGCCACCUUCGAGCUGGUGCUCACGCUGUACUGCCAGCUGGCGGAGCAGGAGGUGGAGGAGGUGGCCAACGGAUCCACCGUCGCGAAUGUGCUGCGCGUGCUGCGCAGCCGCGAUCCCGAGGGCACCGGCAUGUUGCCCUACAGCCAGCUGCGCCGCCUGCUGACCACCAUGGGCAACCGGCUGGACGAGACGGAGGCCUACGGCGUGCUCCACCGCGCCGCGGACGUUGACGGCAAUGUGCACUACGAGCACCUGGUCAACCAGCUGUUCGCCACGGAUCCGCUGACGGAGGAGCGGCUUCAGCAGGCGCAGCUCUACCUGCAGGCCGUCGGACGCAAUGCCAUCGACAUGGACAUGGACAAGCGGGACGAGUUCAUCGACGCCAUCCGGCGGGCGGAUCCCGCGCGCUCCGGCUACAUCGAGCCGCAGCGCCUGCUCGAGCUGCUCAAUCGCAACGGGGAGCAGUUCACCGGCGUGGAGCUGCAGCUGCUCAUCCAGGGAAUGGAGGACACACGGUGCGAGCGGGGCAUCAACUACUGCCGCUUCCUGCAGUUCAUCAUGAACGAGUAGUGGCGCCAGUGCCGUUGCAUGGAAUUCGCCAUCGUUUUAUAAAUUCACUGUGAAAACUUAAAUCGAAAUUACAUUAAAUAAAACCGCACCCGUUUCGGGCGGAAGUGUG